AUGCCUCCAAUUGUAAUACUUGAUUCUGACGACGAAGACGAGGAUGAGAGCUUUUCUCCGCCCCCAAAUAUACAGGCACCAUUCUCAAUGGGACCAGCCGAGAUUGAAGCUCAGACUGAAGCUACAAAUGAUUCUUCCGGAGGUAAUGAUGCAGCCCGUGGAUAUGUUCCAGAACCGACGGCUAGAUCACAUGAUCAGGAUCAACAUUCAAUCUCAAGCUCUGAGAUGACAACGCCAGCACCUUUCAAAAGAACGGUGACGGGACUGAUUGAACCAUCCUCAGUGCCGUCCCCAAGAGAUCAAGCAACGAAAAGAGGACAGACCAACGGAAACAGCCCAGAUGAAUGGACUCAAGCCUCAACACCAGGCAGAAGAAAGGCGCCGAUGGCUGUUAUGGACGACCUGUGGGAUGUACCAAGUUCACCUGAUGAACGUUCUGUCAAGCCUAAGAUAAAUCUCAAAGUCAAGAAUUCGAAGGCUCAGUCUGAUUCCACCUCUGACUCUCGUCACACGCAAGAGUCGGACAAACUAGGAAAAACACCAAGCUCAAAGUCUGGGCGAUCUGAUGGUUCACCUUCAGGCAAGAAGCGUAGAAAAGGCAAUCAUACAGAGCCUUCUUUCCAAGGCUCCAACGAUGUCGACUUGGUUGCUAUCCCUUUUAGCCAUGAAAACGAAGGAGAAUACCACGAAUCCGAGCCAGCGCCAACACCCAGCAUGCUCCCACCAACAUUACCAGCCAAUCAAGACGAUUCUUUCUUCAUUACAACAAACCCGCUUACUGAAGCCCAGAAGCUGGAGUACGAGAGCGUGCAAUUGCCUUCUAGCGACAGCCAGCAUUACCAACUCCCUCCGGUCCGUCAGUUUGAAAUAAAUCUUGCGUCAAGUGGAGAUGCAACAAACAUCAAUACUCCCAGAAGUCAUGCUCAUUAUCUCAUGAGUACCGCCCCUCCUCCGCCUUCAAGUGUGAUGGAUCCAAACAGAGCAGCGAUCGGACAAGCCACUGGAAACAGGUGGGAUUCAUCUCCUGACGUCAUCUCCGCCAUCGAUUCGCCUCCCAAACAAAAAGCCACGAGACAGCUAGAGCAGAUAAGGAAUGGUGACUCACCCAAGCCUGCAAUUGAUAAGACAACGGAUGAACAGCAACCAGAACAACCGGAGCUUCCAGCCAUGCAAGAAGCAUUUGAUAAUUAUGAGCCUGACGAGGUGGCUAAGACAAAGAAGUCAAGGGGCCGGCCAAAGAAGAAGGUCAUCGACAAGCCCACGACAAUGACAGAGGCAACUACACCUCGACCGGAGGUUGUCACGCCUGUGACGAAAACCAAGAAGAAACGUGGGAGACCAAAAAAGUCAGAUCAAACAGACAGAGAGGAGAUUCCAAAAAUUGAUCCUUCGGCAUCUACAAACGAUGCCUCGCUAUCUGAAGAUGCUGUACGGCCAGAGAAAAAGGCCAAGAUAGACAUCGAUGAGUCUGAAAGCAGAGAUGAGCUAGCAAAUGAAAGCGAGAUGGAAACCUCACUGAAGAGCAAAAGUCGAGAAAGCUCUAUACUGAAGGAAUCCGAUCCAAACAUCUUUACCAAGUCUGUGUCCAGUUUGGGCGAUGACACAGCGUCGAAAGCUUCGGAUGCUGCAGCAGACGAGAAAGAGGAGAAGCCAGAGAAACCAACAAUCACAAGCAGAAGCUCAACGCCCUCCAAGGGAUUGUCAGCAAUCAUCAGCAAGCCUGUCUAUCGAGUUGGAUUGAGCAAAAAGUCGAGGAUUGCGCCUUUGCUGAAGUGUUUGCGUAAGGAGUAA